AUGCUCGAGAAGGGAGAACUGAAGGUCCCAGCAAUCAAUGUCAACGACUCCGUCACAAAAUCCAAGUUCGAUAACCUCUACGGAAUCCGCGAGUCACUGCCUGAUGGUAUCAAGCGCGCCACUGAUGUCAUGCCUGCGGAAAGGUGUCCGCUGUUUGCGGAUACGGCGUUCGGUUCGCGCGUUAUCGUGACCGAAAUCGAUCCCAUCAAUGCUCUUCAAGCCGCUAUGGAGGGUUACGAAGUGACCACCUUGAACGGGGCCGCUCCUAGGGCUAAUAUCGUUGUCACUACAACCGGCUGCAAGGACAUCGUUCUUGGCCGACAUAUGGAACAGCUACCUAAUGACGCCAUUGUGUGCAACGUUGGACACUUCGAUUGCGAGAUCGAUGUGAAAUGGCUGAAUGAGAAUGCUGUCAGCAAGGAAGUUGUCAAGCCUCAGGUCGAUCGCUACCUCAUGAAGAACGGUCGCCACAUUAUCCUGCUUGCCGAGGGUCGUCUUGUAAACUUGGGCUGUGCUACUGGUCACCCAUCGUUUGUCAUGUCGAACUCUUUCACCAACCAAGUUCUGGCCCAGAUUGAACUCUGGACCAAAUACGGUACCCCCGAAGAGUACAAAGUUGGUCUGUACGUGCUACCUAAGAAACUCGACGAGGAGGUCGCACGAUUGCAUCUGGAUCAGCUCGGUGUGAAGCUUACGAAGCUUACCGAAGAACAAUCCGCAUACCUUGGUGUGCCUAUUGACGGUCCUUACAAGCCUGACCAUUAUAGGUAUUAA